CUUCAAAUAGUGCGGAUCGUUCCUUAUUUUUGCUCACGGAAACAAGUGUUGAAACGUUUUAAAUAUUAUUAUUAUUUAAUAAAGUGAUCAGUUAUAAUUAUUGGCAAAAAUGGCUUCCAACGUUCCUUCAGUGCGGGAAUUCUACAAAAAUAAGACGAUUUUUAUUACCGGAGCGAGUGGGUUCAUGGGAAAAGUUCUCGUUGAGAAACUUUUGUAUUCCUGUUCCGACUUGAAAGCCAUUUACAUCAUGCUGCGACCAAAACGUGGAAAAGUGCCCAAAUCUCGUGUUGAGGACAUGUUCAAAUUGCCUAUGUUUCAACGACUUCGCGAUGAGAAACCUGAAAUGAUGAAGAAAUUGCAUGCGUUUCAAGGGGAUGUGACCUUCGAUGAGCUCGGUUUAUCUUCGGAGGACACUCGCGAAAUCGCUUCCAACACCAAUAUCGUCUUUCAUUUGGCAGCAACGCUCAAACUUGAAGCCAAUUUAAAGGACGCCAUCGAAAUGAACACAACAGGCACUCAACGAAUCCUCGAUUUGGCGCGUAAAAUGCCGAAUCUCGAGUGUUUCAUCUACUCUUCGACAGCUUUUUGUUGCGCCGAUCAAGAUGUUUUGCACGAAAAAGUCUACGAUUGUCCUCAUUCGCCUUACGAUUUGAUGCGAUGUGCUGCCUGGAUGGAUGCCAAGACUCUGGAUCAGAUAACGCCGAACUUAAUUCAUCCGCAUCCCAACACUUACACUUAUUCCAAACGUUUGGCGGAGAUUUUAGUGCGUGACGCCUUUCAAGAAUUGCCGGUUGUGAUCGUUCGUCCGAGUAUUGUGACGCCAGCAGUUGAACAUCCGUUGCCGGGAUGGGUUGAUUCGCUCAAUGGACCCAUUGGAAUUAUGGUUGGCGCGGGAAAAGGCGUCAUUCGGAGCAUGGUGUGCAAUGGGGAUUACGAUGCGGAAGUUAUUCCCGUGGAUGUUGCUAUUAACGGGUUGAUAACGGCAGUUUGGAAGGAAAGUUUGUUCGGCGGGAAGAAGGCGAAGGAUGUUCCGGUGUAUAAUAUCACGUGUCCCGAGACAAAAAGAACGUCAUGGGGCACAGUUUUGAACAUGGGCAAGGAGAUUUCGAGAGAAUAUCCCUUUGAAGCGGGUGUUUGGUAUCCAGAUGGGGACAUCACGACAAGCAAAUUGGUCUAUACUUUCAACUCAAUCUUCUUCCAUUGGCUGCCUGCGUACUUUAUUGACUUUUUGAUGUUCCUUUUUGGACAGAAACGAUUCAUGGUUCGCAUUCAAACACGUGUCUAUAACGGACUUGAACUCUUGACAUUCUUCACAACGCGAGUUUGGGACUUCAAAUCCCCCAAUUACGCCUCUUUACAAGAUGCCUUAAGUGAAGAUGAUAAAAAGGACUUCAACAUGUACACAGAUGACGUCGAAGUAUACGAUUAUUUGAAAACAGUGAUUCUCGGAGGGCGACAAUAUUGUCUCAAAGAGCCUUUGUCGUCUCUUCCAAAGGCUCGAAUGCAACUCAAAGCGUUGUACAUUCUGGAUCGCGUAACAAAAUUGGUCCUUUUCUGCGUCUUCGCAUGGCAAAUGUUGCGAUGCUUUGGAUUUGCGGAGCCCAUUAAGGAAUGGUUUCGUGGCGUACAUGCCUAAUUUUUAAGUUUCGC